GAUAGGAGGCAAACUAAUGCGCGCUGGCAGCCGAUCAACUCAUUAUAGCGCCUGAAUCUCUGAUUUUGCAUGUUUGAAAAUAAAAAGUAAUUAACCUUUGUGGCUCGGAGGGCAUGUUUAGUGAAAAGAAGGCUGAAUCUUUCACAUAAUUUCCAAUAUUAUUCUCCAUUCUGAGCAUCAUCUGUGUUUUGGGAAAUUGCGCACAGAAUCUCCACCGCGUCAGAGGAGUCAGACUGCGACACCAAGAUGCCUUAAAGCUGGAAUCCAACUUUUCCGCGGAGUUCCUAUGGAAUAUAGUCCGUUUUUACUCGGCUUCCAUGUUGUGCCAUCAUCCCACGUGAGGAAUAAACUCUUCGUUUUCUGCAUCAUGUUGUCUCUCUGGGUCUACAUGAUAUACUGCUGCGUUGGCUACUGCUCCACAGUCCCGAACCUGACGCACGGCUCAGUGCGCAGACGAGACAGCCGAGGCUCCUCUCUAGGAGCGUCCAGAGACCUACUGAAUAACGAGAAUGAGUUGGACAGCAGAGGAGACGACUGGGAAGAAGUAAGAGGUGAAGCGAAGGCGCUGGAUGAUAUGUCAGGUUUUCUUAAUGAGACGGAGAGUAAAAAGUUGCCCCAGGCCAUUAUAAUCGGGGUGAAGAAAGGAGGAACCCGAGCGCUGCUGGAGUUUCUGCGCCUGCAUCCAGAUGUAAGGGCGGUGGGAGCAGAGCCGCACUUCUUUGACCGCAACUACGACAAGGGACUGGAGUGGUACAGGGAACUCAUGCCCAAGUCGUCAGAGGGGCAGUUGACCAUGGAGAAGACCCCUAGUUACUUUGUUACGAGGGAAGUCCCCUCUAGGAUCUAUUCCAUGUCUAAAGAUACUAAACUGAUCGUUGUAGUUCGGAAUCCUGUCACCCGUGCCAUCUCAGACUACACCCAGACCCGCUCCAAAAAGCCAGACAUUCCCUCUUUUGAGAGCCUUACUUUUAAGAACAUGUCAGCGGGUCUGAUCGACACCACUUGGAGCGCUGUUCAGAUCGGCAUGUAUGCCAGACACCUAGAGCGAUGGCUCCAGUUCUUUCCCAUGGAACAGCUACUGUUUGUUAGUGGAGAGCGUCUUAUUACUGACCCUGCGGGUGAGAUGGCUCGUGUCCAGGACUUCCUUGGACUCCAGAGGGUGGUUACAGAGAAGUAUUUCCACUUUAACCCAGCAAAAGGAUUCCCCUGCCUUAAAAGACCAGAGAUUAACACCAAACCACACUGCCUGGGGAAAACCAAAGGCCGAACCCAUCCAAAUAUUGAUCCGGAAGUUGUGCAAACUUUAAGGGAUUUCUAUAAACCCUUUAAUAGAAAAUUUUACAAGAUGACUGGUCAUGACUUUGGCUGGGAUUAAAAGAGAUAUGAUAUUUUAAUGCUGGUUCUUGUCUUUUUUAUCAAUCAUUCAGGACAUAUUGUGAUACAGUGUAUGUACAGUAUUUAGUUGUCUGUAAAAAGUUCAGAAGUCUAUUUUAUUAUAAUUUAUUGUUAAGAUAUUAAGUCACAAAGCUGCCUGAUCAGGUUUGUCAUGGUUUUAGGUCCCUAUUGGUAUAUUCCUUUUCAUAAAGCACUGGUAUUUUAAGGUAUUUCUCUCCUAAAGGUCUUCUGCCUUUUGUUCCACCCUAAUCAGAUUGAGAUUCAAGUCCCCAACAAACUGGUAAUAUCCCCUUAACAUUUUCCUGACCCUUAGAGAACUGUGGACCCACUUAGUCAGGUCGAUAGAGGCCUCAGCUGAUCCCGUGCAACUCGCCAGGUGGAUCAAUACAGCAAUAGCUCCUCAUCACGUCAAAAGGCCUGAGUGAUGGCAUCCCCUUGAUCUCCAGAGAGUCUCAAUAAAGCAUUUAUCCCUCAGUGGGCCAAUGUUUAUGGUUGAGCCUUAAGCCAAACUAGAGUUAAUAUAAAAUUAUUUCUGACAGCUGUCGUUUUUUGACUCUAUUAUUUUUUUUCCAACUGUUAAUCCACGCAACACCAUGUAGGUUAUUAUCAUCAAUUUGUCAGGAAAUUUCUCUGCAGUUUUCAAUAUGCCCAAACACCGCUAUUUUUAUGACAAAAGCCAUACAGCUCAGUUACAUUUAUUGAUGUUGUAUUAAUUCCUCUGUGCUUUUUUUUUUUUUUUUUCAGCGUUAUAAUUAUACACUUUUUCCAAUGACAAUAAGCACCCUUUCUGAACCUUCAGGAACACCUGAUGAAAAUUAAAAUAAGCCCAACCACUUUGUGAAAUGUCUCCAUUAACUUUGUUUUGAUUACCAAUGUUUUUUCUUCCUUAUUUGACAUGCCUUUGUGAACAUUUUUGGCAACAGCCAGUAUUAACUAUUCAUGAUCUGCAACUAUGUACCAGAGGCACUAUUUUUUUCUGUAUGGACUGAUUUACAACACAAAAAUUUAAAUAAAGCAGUGUCAAAUUAGAUGCGAAUGCAAAUACACAUUAAUGUGGU